GCUAGCAGUUAGCAGGCCGAAUUAGCAAGCAAGGAGAUAGCAAGGGCUAGAGAGUUAGCCUUUGGGGGACGUCGCGAUGGGGUGAGUCUGUUUAUUCCUCUUCAUGCGGUGACAUCGAUAGACUGGUCGUGGGCCCGGGUAUUGUAGCCCAGGAGUAUGCUACGGUGGUAGCACAGGUGCUCUGGCCGGGCUAGCUUCAAGCUAAGUGGGUGGAAACGCUAGCCAGGAGUAAUCAUCCGGGGUUGCGGUUUAGCUAGAUAUGUGUUAUUUCAUAGUUUUGAUGUCUUUACUAUUAUUCUACAAUGUAGAAAAUAGUAAAAAUAAAGAAAAACCCUUGAAUUAGUAGGUGUUCUAAAACUUUUGACCGGUAGUGUAUGUGCUAAGAAUAUUUAGUCUAAUCCUCAACCCCCUCUCCCAGCAUUAUGAACACCACCCCAAAGGUUGGUGAGGUUCGGACACUGGAGGCCAUCCACAGAGCUUUCGAGGUGUGGGAGCGCGUGACUCCACUGAGCUUUGAAGAUGUCGCUUUCCAAGACAUCACUAACAGCAGCCAGGACACGCUAGAGAUCAUGCUGUUGUUUGCAUCUGGUUUCCAUGGAGACAUGUCUCUGUUUGAGGGCGAGGGGUGGUCUCUGGCUCAUGCCUACUACCCAGGGUCCGGGAUGGGCGGAGACACGCACUUUGACGCUGAUGAACUCUGGAUCCUUGACAACCACGUCCCGUUUGCCCCCAUUUCCCCCUCAAUCACUAUUACCGCUACUAGAAGAAAAACCCUUUUGCAAUUAUGUUAGCACAGCUGAAAACUGUUGUCCUGAUUUAAAGAAGCAAUAAAACUGUCCUUCUUUAGACUAGUUGAGUAUCUGGAGCAUCAGCAUUUGUGGGUUCGACUACAGGCUCAAAAUAGCCAGAAACAAAUAACUUUCUUCUGAAAGUCAUUAGUCUAUUCUUGUUCUGAGAAUUAUUAUUAUUCCA